AUGGAAAAGAAAAUCCUUGAUGUCAUACUAGUCCCUACUGGUCUCGUUAUAAUGAUCGCAUACCAUUUAUGGCUUCUCUAUCAAAUCGUUAAACACCCCACAAAAACUGUCAUUGGUGUCAAUUCAAUCAAUCGUCGUUUAUGGGUCCAAGCUAUGAUGGAGGAUGUAUCCAAGAAUGGAGUUUUGGCAGUGCAAUCAUUGAGAAACAACAUAAUGGCAUCAACUCUUUUGGCUUCAACUGCAAUUAUGUUGAGUUCUCUUAUUGCUGUAUUGAUGAGUAGUAGAAAUGAAGAAAGAGGUGUUGUAGCUGUGGUGUUUGGUGAUAGGACUGAGCUAGUUUUGUCAAUAAAGUUUUUCGCAAUAUUGGUUUGUUUCUUGUUAGCUUUCUUGUUGAAUGUUCAAUCAAUAAGAUACUAUAGUCAUGCAAGCAUACUCAUCAAUGUUCCAUUCAAGAAACUGUCAUCAAGUCUUAGGCAACAGAAGCUAAAAGCUGAGUAUGUUGCAAACACAGUUAACCGUGGAAGCUAUUUCUGGUCACUUGGUUUGCGUGCUUUUUACUUCUCUUUUCCUCUUUUCAUGUGGAUCUUUGGACCUAUUCCUAUGGUGUUUUCUUGCUUUGCCCUUGUUUCUAUGCUCUAUUUUUUGGAUUCUGCUUUUGAAUGUGGUUGGGCUACUAUUGGAGUUGAUGAUGAUGAUUGUGUUGAAGGUGAAGUUCACAAGCCACAUUACAUUGACAUUGAAUUGGAAGAACCAAUUAAAAGUUAA